UUGGUGUUUCUUUCCCCUGGACUGUCCCGAUUUUUACGUCAAGAAUUGUGUACUUUUAGCAGAAUAAACUAAAAAGACUUGGGAAACUCCCUUCCCCCUGCUGUGCUUUCCAUGACCUGGUGAGCCUCGCUGAAAGUCGUCAGCACUUGUGCCUGGGUCUUCGUCCUGCCCGUUUGCGGACCUUGGUUAACCUCGCAUUGAUUUGCAUGUGUCUAAAUGGAGGCAGCGCUUCGUUUAUGAACCUCACUUUCCCUUUUCUACCCGUGGAACCUGGAUCUCCUAGUUACUUUUGGACAUGAAGUGCAUGCAAUCCUUCGAUGUAACUGUUGAUCAUUGUUUCAAUUGCUGCUACUUUAUAGAGAAACCGGUGUGGGAAACAUCAAAUCUUGCAGUUUUGUUGACAUACCCCUGGCUAUUCCUUCAUGGCUGCUGCUGCUCAUGCCAAACUAGCACCUUGGUACCCGUUGAAGUCCAAAGUUGGGUUGUCCCGCAUAGAAGGGGCAGUGUUUCUGUCUUCACUUCUGCCUAAGUUACUUCUGUGAUUAACCUGGAAAGUUUCAAAACCAUGUGGAAUGGCCUAGAUAUUAUUCACCUGCAUCUGCAAAGCAUGUUCUCUUCAGUGAAUGUAGCACUGUUGUCACGCCGGGGAGGGCUCCACUAGUGAUCCUCAGGAGUCUAGCUCAGAGUCAGACAUCAUCCCCUCUUCCAGAUGGCUGUGUUUUCUUUCAGGGAUGGGGGAUUGAACUCAGGGGCACUCGACCACUGAGCCACAUCCCCAGCCUAUUUUGUGUUUUAUUUAGAGACAGGGUCUCACUGAGUUGCUUCACGCCUCACUUUUGCUGAGGCUGGCUUUGAACUCAAGAUCCUCUUGUCUCAGCCUCGGGAGCCGCUGGGAUUACAGGUGUGCACCACCAGGCCUGACCCAUGUUUUCUUGAUGUGCAGCCAUCAGUGUGUAAUGCUGGUCAAAUUACACAGCCACCUGGGGUGUGCCACUCUGCUCAUUGGUCUUGGAAGCCUAGCUGUUAUGUUGACAUUUUUUUGAGGUAGAAUUCACAUGACAUAAAAUUAGCUAUUUUGAGGUGUGCAGGUCAGUGUUUAGAACAUUCAGUGUUCUGCCACCACCACCUCUAUGAAGUCUCAGAACAUUUUCAUCACUCCCAGGGAAACCCUGUUCAUGAGCAAGCGUUGCCAACUCCUCCCUGCCAACCCCUGGCACCCUCUAAUCUGCCUUCUGUUUCUAUAGAUUUGCCUAUUCUGAACAUUUCCUGUAAAUGGAAUCAUGUGACACGUAGCCUUUUGGGUCUGACUUUUGCUCAGCAUGUUCCUUUUGAGGUUCACCCAUUCUGUGGCAUAUGCCAUUACUUUGUUCCUUUAUGGCUAAAUAACAUUCCGUUAUAUGGAUGGACUGAAUUUUGUUUUAUGACCAGGAUGGUGUUGGUUGGCUCUUCCAUAAUAAAGCAGCUAUGGCUGUUGCUCAGGAGGGACUUUUUCUGAUUGCAUGUGUGUCUUGUCUUAGUUUUUGAAGCAACUCUUGGCCGUGUCUGUCCAUCCUUGACCAUCUUCAAAAAAGAUGCUGACUUUAUCACUUGUCAGCUGGCUCUCAUGACAUGUGAGCUCUUCCCUGAUUUAACUAGAUUGAUCUUACUAGAGAAUAUAACCUUGAAUUCUUUGUCUGUUCUUUUCAAGAACUGUUUUGGGAAAUAACGUAUAGUAUAUGUAUAUACGUCCCAUGUGUCACUCUAGAAUUUAGAUCGCGUUCAGCAGUCACAAACUAGCUGCCUGUUUUUAUAAGUGAAAUGUCAAGGCCAGCAGCCAUACCCACUUGUGUAUAAACCAUUCCCACUGUCUGCUUCCACCUGCAGUGGCAGAACCACAAGAGAUUCAUAUGGCCACAGCCCUGUAUUUUUAAGAAUGAUUGGGGACCCAAAGAGCUUUUGUUUAUGUGGUUAAUGGACAUUGAUGUUCACUGCAUCAGGAAUUAAAAUAAGUUUUUAAAUAUGUGAGGAUUAAUAAUUGCAAGCACAUUACUUUUUUACAUUUCAUUUUUGCAGAUUUUUAAAAAUUUCUUAGUUGUGGAUGAACACAAUAUCUGUAUUUUAUUUAUUUUUAUGUGGUGCUAAAGAUUAAACCCAGUGCGUCACACAUGCUAGGCAAGUGCUCUACCACUGAGCUACAACCACAGCCCCAGCAGAUAAUUUUAAUAUCUGGUAUCAAAGGAAAGAAGUUCUUGAAUCUUUUUCAUUUAGCCUAUUGUGGUAUCACGGCUCAGGCAGCCUGGAGGCCUCUCCUGCACACUCUCAAGAUGAGCAUGAGGUUGUCUAGUGACAGCUUUGAAUUCUUGGGAAAUAGUUUUGACAUUGUGAGAUCCAGGAAAGGUCUUGGGCCCAAAACCUGUGAAGCAGCUGUGUGUUUCUGGCUGCACUGACUCCUGCUGAGUUAUGCUGGUGUUCUGCUACCAGCAUGCUUGGAUUGCCUUAGAAACCUCUGUAGCUUCCUCUGGUGCUUAUUCUUGGCAUGAUGGUGAGGAAUCAGGCCAAGCCACUUCCCUCAGGUUCGAGACCAGGAUCAGUGAAACCACUAGGAUCAGUAAGAACCCACUGUGGGUUCCUACGUUGAUUAAAAAGACGUUAUCCUAACUGACCUAUUCUCUGCUGUGGCACCUGCAUGCGGGAGCCUGCUUCCUCCGUACUCAGCUUGUGGUACGCAGGGUCUCCCGCCAGUCACAGCCUGGCUCUUCUCAUGCCUCCGUUUUUUCAUCUCCAUCUGUCAUCCGCUUACAUCUUCCUGUAGGUCGCAAUUUAUUCUGUUUCUAUAAAUUCUCAUCUUUAUUUGAACGAGAUUGAAUAUAAUCCUCGUAAGUAAAGUUUUUCCCCUUGUAUUGGGUAAAGCAUUUGUAUAAUAAAAAGAAUCAGCCCCUGGGGCUGGGAUUGUGGCUCAGCGGUAGAGCACUCGCCUAGCACAGGCGGGACCUGGGUUCAAUCCUCAGCACCACAUAAAAGUGAGAAGAAGAAAAAAAGUGCAUUGUGUUGUGUCCAUCUACACCAAAAAAUAAAAAAUAUUAAAAAACAAAAAGAAGAAUCAGCCCCUAGUAGAUGACGGUGAUUGCUUUAAUUUGCCCAAGUUAGCAGUUGCUCUGCACUGGUGUUGCUCUCACCAGGUGACAUUAGAGCAGUGAGACCUUCACCCUGUGUCUGUUGUUUCAUCAUGGACUAUAGAUAGCGCAGUUCCCUUGCAGCUUGCUGGUUUUGCCUACCCUCCUGCCCUGCCCUGUUUCUGUCUCACACGUACAGACAUGUUGUGACCAGUGUCAUCACUUUCAUUUCGUCACAACAAACUUUUUAUGCUGCUGAUGUGAUAAUUAUUUUAUGUGUGCAUGUUUUCAUUACUGUAGUUGUUUUUAAACUGGAAAGCUCAAUGUUUCAAACUGCUGGCCCCUCCUGUUCAGUAGCACUUGGGCUCAAUAGAAGCAAAGCCCCUGCAGAGGACCCUGCCCUGAAGUCAGGUCCUACCUCGUCUUCAGAGGGCUAGACUUGCCGAGAGCUCGUGCUGAGAUUUUCAAGCGGGGGACUGUUCUGCUUGUGUAAGAGGAACCAGGUAGUGAUCAAAUGUAUUUUCUGUAAAAGGCUGAUUCUCACAAUUUGUUGAGGACUGGACUUGGCAUAUCUGUUGCUCUAUAGAUGCUGUCGUUCCAGUUUUCAGAAGACUGUGGAGUCUUUUUAACUGAUGAACAAGGCUCUGGUGACCUGUAACUCUGAAGUGAAGUUGAGUCCAGUUAAAAAGCAGGCAUUAGAAGUAGAGGCUACACAAACCCUAGAGAGGCUUCAUUGGCUCUCCUGCUUCUUUUGCAUCCCAAAGCAUAAGCUUAAGUCGACUCAGAAGGACAAGGUCCGCCAGUUUAUGGCGUGUACUCAGGCUGGUGAGAGAACUGCCAUCUACUGCCUAACGCAAAGUGAGUGGAAGCUAGACGAGGCCACAGCCAGCUUCUUCCAAACCCCAGACGUGUUCCACAGGGAGUCCAUGCGGGACGCUGUGGACCAGAGGAAGCUGGAGCAGCUGUAUGGCAGGUACAAAGACCCGCAAGAUGGAGACAGAAUCGGGAUUGAUGGGAUUCAGCAAUUCUGUGACGAUCUGAGGCUGGACCCCACCAGCAUCAGCGUUCUGGUCAUAGCAUGGAAGUUCAGGGCUGCCACUCAGUGCGAAUUCAGCAGGAAGGAGUUCAUGGACGGCAUGACCGAGCUGGGGUGUGACAGCACCGAGAAGCUCAGAACCCUUCUGCCCAGCCUAGAGCAAGAGCUGCAGGACUCCGUGAAGUUCAAGGACUUCUACCAGUUUACCUUCACCUUUGCUAAGAACCCUGGGCAAAAGGGCCUAGGAACAUCACAAAAGAUCGAUUCCACGGGACACUUGGAACCUUCUGCUAGAUUUUGGAAACAUGAUUGCAGAUGAUAUGUCUAACUACGAUGAAGAAGGAGCAUGGCCUGUCCUCAUCGAUGACUUUGUGGAGUAUGCACGGCCAGUGCUCACGGGUGGAAAACACAGCUGAAGGUGGAGCAGGUCCGGAGCCAGCCAUAUCCUGCAGGGCACACCGGGUGGUGCUGUGUGCUUCGCUGCCAGUCUCAGCCACCGUCCUUGCCAUCCCAGAGCUGGAACGCAUCCUGCUCAGAGCCACAAGGCUGGGGUGGGCUCCGUGGGGCUGCUCCCCCAGAGGACAGCCGCCGCCGGGGUCGGCACGCUUGCUGUAGCUGCUGCUUUAGGAGAUUGCUGUCUGAUGCAGGUUCAAGGUGAACACCAGCAGUUACCAAUCGCACCCUGUCACAUUGUGAUCCCAGUACAGAGCCCUGUCUGUCCCGGGAGGAUGUGGUUAUGUGCAAGUCAGACGGCCAGUGCCAGGAUGCAGCUCACCUAGGGACCCAGUGCUGUUCCUCCUGGGGUUGUGCUAUCUCUGGUUUGGAUAUUUGUUCUCUCGGGAUGUUUAUCUGAGACCCAUUUUAUAUUUAAGGCCCCGUUGCAGUCUGCAGUAGUGUCGUGUGUGGGCAUGAUGCAGCAAUCAGACUGUUGUCUUUCUGACAAUGCUAUUUCAACUUCCUGAGAAGUUCUGUACUUUUAAUAUAUUUUAUUUAAAAAGACAUUUUUCCAUUUUCCUUUUUGAAUGGUGAAUUACAAAUUUAAAAUCAAAUGCUCUUGUCCCUUUCACCUGUCUGCAGUCCCACAGUGCCUACGGUCUGGCCUUACAGCCAUCCUCACGUGGAUGCAAAGCCCACACCUGGACCCUUAUCUCUUUUGCAAGCUACAGCCUGAGUUUACGCCCAGAGCCACUGGUGCAUGAGGUGCAGAGGCCCGGGGGGCCACUCUCCUGCUGUUGAGCUUUGAACAGCACUGUGCUGACCUGAGCACGCACUACAAGACCUUGUCCACAGCGUGCCUUGCUGCCCUCCUGCAGCAUGCCAUGGAGAGACGGGCCGGGCUCUCUGGCCAUCUCCAUGUCCUGUGCACAGGGUACCCCUGGAACCUGCUCUGUGCUUAGCUUCUGUGUGGACAUGCCACAGCCUUAGGGAGCAGCCCCUCGCAGCCUGAGGACCAUGUGCCCUGCAAUGUGGGCAACUACCAGUGCUGCAGAGGGCCGCAGGGACGGAGGCCUGAGGGCGAGGCUGGUCUGUUCAGGGCGGGCCAUGUGACCUUUCUCAGGCUCUCUUGCCCUGUCUGGAAGAGGAAACAGCCAUCUCUAAGUCUAACUCAGCAUUUCUUCAAUCAAAUAAACUCUGGCUGUAAUAAAAACCCCAGAAGCAGUACAGCACCCCCCUAGACUGCCUGGACUCCUGUUCUGUUCGGAGAAGUUUGUAGAAUUCAGUGACGAAGUGAGGGAGGCCCGCAGUCCUUCUGUGGGUAAGUGUGAAGUUCUGUGGGACUGUCGAUAGAUACUGAAGUGAACUUGGUCAGACUUCAAAGACCUGUGUUCUGCUGCUUCCAUUAGUCAACCUUUGAGUCCUGCAUGCUGCAAAGAUGCUAAGAACUUCAAAAUACCGCAAUAAAGUGUUUUCUCCAGACUA